AUGUUUGAGGUGCUUGCUGGAUCUGGUAAUUUUGUUACAUUUAUUUCGCCACCAGUCGAGCAAAAAUUGGAUGCCUACAAAGCGGACGAUCCACAAAUGGGUGAGGGUCCCCAAAAGGACCGCAGUCAGCUGAUCAUACUGGAUCGUGGUUUCGACCCAAUUUCCCCCGUGUUACAUGAACUGACCUUCCAGGCAAUGGCCUAUGAUCUUCUGGCUAUUGAGAAUGAUGUCUAUCGCUACGUAAACACCUCAGGACCGGAGGAACGAAUCAAGGAAAUCAUUUUGGACGAAUCCGACGAACUUUGGUGCGAGCUUCGCCACCAACAUAUCGCAGUGGUUUCACAACAGGUAACCAGCAAGUUGAAAAAGUUCGCUGAAGACAAACGCAUGGUUAGUGCGGGUGAGAAAACCUCGAUGCGUGAUUUGAGCCAGAUGCUGAAGAAAAUGCCGCAAUAUCAAAAAGAAUUGUCCAUGUAUUCCACGCACUUCCACCUGGCUGAAGAUUGUAUGCAAACCUAUCAGGAUCAUGCGAAUAAGUUGUGCAAGGUCGAACAGGACUUAGCUAUGGGAACCGAUGCAGAAGGCGAACGAAUCAAGGACCAUAUGAGAACGAUGGUUCCGAUUCUGAUCGAUGAAUCGGUGUCUGCCUACGACAAACUGAGGAUCAUUUACCUCUACGUCGUCCAGCGUUGUGGAACAAGCGAAGAAAACUUGAUCAAGUUGAUACAACACGCUCAAAUCCCGACGCCCCAGGCAAAUAUCAUACGAAAUCUGGCCAACCUGGGCGUACCAGUUAUCCAAGAUGCAGCUGGGGGUGGUAUUGGACGACGAAAGGUCCCACAGCCGUACUUACCAUCCAACAGGCGUCAGAAGGAGGACGGUCCACGCUAUCAAAUGUCUCGCUGGACACCAUACAUUAAAGACCUGAUGGAGGAUGCUUGUGAGGACAAACUUGACCCGAAACUAUUCCCCUGCUUCGGUGGUGGUCCCGUGCGGGGUCCGGGUCCCCGUGGUGGCGCUGCCUCAAUGUCAGCACGAUACGGUCAAUGGCACCGGGACAAAAGUCAGCAACCGCGUUCUGGGCCUAGACUAAUAUUCUUUGUUGUUGGGGGCGUCUCGUAUUCCGAAAUGCGUUGUGCCUACGAGGUGAUGAACACUGCAUCGGGAAAACAGUGGGAUGUGAUUAUCGGUGGCACACACAUCCUGGUACCUGAGGUUUAUUUGAGUGACUUGGAAAAGUUAUCCUAUCCACCGGGACAGGCCCCUGCUCCAGGUACGAACGUUGUUGUUGGGGCCGGCGGAGAGCCGGUGUGAGAUGUCUCUACCUACUAAUAUUUAUGGGUGCGCUUUCGCUCGAUUCAGUCAAUCUUCAUGGUUAUGAUUUGAUCCCACACCUUGUCGGUUAAUUUUGUUUAUUUGUGUGGAGGUCACUCAGCUGCCCAACUAGUCUGCCAGAUCAUCCUACUCAAUCGCAUUUGAUGUUGUGUCUUUACUCUACCUCUGCUACAGUCUAACUUUGCCUCCCCUAAAUCCACACACAGACACGCACGCACACAUUCACCCAUGACACUGUUAACAUUCACAACGAACCGCAUACGAAUGUGUCUCUGAUUUCAUUUUCCUGUUGCUUAUUGACUAAUGACUUAGGUCUCUUCAUCCGCACUAAGUUCCACCGGAUACCUCUGCAUUUCUCUCCUCGAGGACUACACACUCUCCUGAUUAUCCCACGCCCUCAACUCAUGAAGUGUAUACCUUAUAAAGCAUUCCGUUUACUUUUUUUGGAUUUCUCCUCUUGUCGUUUUUUUCUUUUUGUCUUUACAAUAUUUCGAGUUCAUUUGUUAUUUAUACACACAAAUUACGACUAUUGAAGACUGUCUUCUUGCCUC